AUGUCUGAGACACCAGAAAGGUCUGAAAGUCAACUAUUUGUGGUGGAAGAAGAUGAAGAUGUGGUCAUGGGAAGUCCGGACGGCGAAAAUGCUCCAGAAGACGACCCUAUAGUUACCGAAAUACCAAUAAAUUUGACGAAUGGACCUUUCCCGCUUCAUAUACUACAGCAUCCAAAUAAACCACGGAAAACUGCACAAGAUGCUGUGCUCAAUCCACCCGUGAGCCAGGUAAGAUAUAGAACAAAGUCAGCGCUUUGGGAGCUGGAUGUGCCGGUAAACACUGAGGUUUUCUACGACAAGAACCGUGCGGAAGAUGACUGGGAAUCUGUGGCGCACCAAACCCUCAAAGGCGUCAGCGUUCCAAGCGAGGGUCAGUACGUAGGGAUGAUGUCAGAAGAUCAGCUUUAUUUGAUUCCUGUUCAGGCUGUCGCGCAGGUUAGACCAUUUUUCAAAUACAUCGACACUGCGGCAGCGCAGUCCAGAAGAGACGACGACGACUCGAGGUCCCAACAAUUCGCUAACCCACAAGCGAGAAAGGCCCAGGUGGUCACAAUGUCUGUAAAAAGUAGUAGCGAAGCCAACCAGCCCCGGUUAGGCGGUUCUUUGCUGGCGCAUAAGAUCGCGGAUGAAGAGAAAUAUCAAGAGCUAGAAUGGAUAGAGGGCACUUUCCCGCAAUUCCAAGAAAGCGUCAUUACGGAAGAAUCUCGCAUUAGACUGCAGUCUGUUGGAGACGAAAACGACUAUUUAUCAAAGGCUAUUACUAUGUAG